UUCGCUGAAGGAAAGGAAAAGGUGGACAGGGAAGGGAGAAAGGGAAAAACCGCCCUCGCAGAGCGUGGAGCGCUGCAGCCGGGUUGGAGUCCGCAAAGACACGCCUCCACCCUUCACGCCCCUCGGGUCUGCGGAAGUGCUCUGGAGACUGGAGCAGCACGGAGGCUACAGGUGGACUACCAUUCCCAGAAGGCGGUGCGGUGCUGCGCCUACUACUCCCGGCAGCACCCGCGCGGCUGGCUUUAUUCAGUUUGCUGCCGCCUGGGGCAAAACUACAGUUCCCAGGAGGACUCGCGCGAAGCGGCUUGGAAGUGGGCAGCCUGGAAGUCACUCGGGCCACCGGAGCUGGCGGCGUCUCCAGCGAACCUCUCGGGGCCGAACGCCGAGGUCGUGGGGCACGCGGGGCGGGCAUCCGGGACGUCCAGCUGCACAGCCUUUGACAUCGGCUCUCCUGGGACCCUCAAGGAACACUAGAGUCCAGAGCAUACUAAGGCAUGGCAGGGAAGACACCCCUGCAGCCCGCCGGCCCUCGCCCCUAUCUGCUGCUUGCUCUGCCCUGCUGUGCCACUCAGACUGGAGCGCCCGGGACAGCACCUGCCUCCUGAGGUUGUCCUGGCUCGGUUGUUCACAGCGAUGGUGGAGAACUGGACUCCACAGACUCACAACCUUCCCGUCAGGCUUCAAGGGCCAGCAUCCUUCAUCCUGGGACUGGCAGCCCUGAACAAUGGCUGAGGGCCAGGGGACCCUGUAAAGUUUCUCCACAGCUUACAGGGGCCAGUAGCACUCCAGUGCCUGUGGACUAUGACCACCUAUCGGCCCAUUCCCAAUGAUGGUGUGGACUUGGCAGCCAGCUGUGGGGCCAGGGGGGCGGAUGUCCUCCCCGGGCCACAUACAGGGGACUAUGCUCCCAUGGGAUUCUGGGUCCAGAACGGAGGCAUGCCCCAGCCUGUUGGUGAAAGCCCGGCCACCACCACCACCCGUCCCAGCCCCACCACCCCCGCGGUGCCCAAGAUGGGCGUGCGCGCAAGAGUGGCAGACUGGCCUCCCAAGAGGGAGGCCCUGAGAGAGCAGAACAACCCAAGCCCCUCACAGGACACAGAUGGCACGAAAGCCACAAAGGUGGCCCAUUCCAUGAGGAGCAUACAGAAUGGACAGCCCCCUGCCAGCACCUCAGCUCCCUCAGGGUCCAAAGCCUUCCACCGACUCUCCAGGAGAAGGUCCAAAGAUGUGGAAUUCCAGGACGGGUGGCCCCGGUCCCCCGGCAGGGCCUUCCUCCCCCUGCGGCACCGCAGCAGCAGUGAGAUCACCCUCAGCGAGUGUGAUGUGGAGGACAUGGGGGAGCCCCGGGGGGCCCGGCUCACAGGGGCGCUGCCCCUCUUCCGUGAGUAUGGGAGCACAUCCUCCAUCGAUGUGCAGGGGGUGCCUGAGCAGAGUUUCUUUGACAUUCUCAACGAGUUCCGCAGUGAGCAGCCUGAGGCCCGGGGCUCCCAGAACCUCAGCCAGCUCCUCCAGGCCGAUCCCAGCCUCCACCUCACAGCAGGUGGCAGCAGAGCCAAGGGGGAACCCCGCAAUGGGCAGCCCAUCAGGGACAACCUUCUCCCACUACAGUCCGGGAAGGAGAAGGAGAGGACCCGCAAGAAGCCUGUGCGGGGCCUGGGCAGUGGGGACACGGUGGACUCGUCCAUCUUCCGGAAGCUGAGGAGCAGUAAACCCGAGGGCGAUGGGUGCCGGUCCCUGGGGGAGGCAGAGGAGGGACGGAGCCCCCCGGAGGCCAGCAGGCCGUGGGUCUGCCAGAAGAGCUUCGCCCAUUUUGACGUGCAGAGCAUGCUGUUCGACCUCCAUGAGGCAGCCGCCAACAGGGUGUCCAUGGCCCAGCGGCGGAACACCACUACGGGGGCCUCAGCCGCCUCUGCCAUGGCGUCCCUCACGGCGUCACGGGCCCAUGGCCUCGGGGGCCUGGACCCGGCCUUCACCAGCACCGAGGACUUGAAUUGCAAGGAGAACCUAGAGCAGGACCUGGGCGACGACAACAGCAACGACCUGCUGCUCAGCUGCCCGUACUUCCGCAACGAGAUUGGAGGCGAAUGCGAGCGCAACGUGAGCUUCUCCCGGGCAUCGGCGGGCUCCCCGGGCGGGGGCGAGGGCCGCCUGGCCGAGCCUGCCCUCAGCGCCUACCGCACUAAUGCCAGCAUCUCGGUGCUGGAGGUGCCCAAGGAGCAGCAGAGGACUCAGAGUCGCCCGCGGCACUACAGCAUCGAGCACGUGGACCUGGGCGCCCGCUACUACCAGGACUACUUCGUGGGCAAAGAGCAUGCCAAUUACUUUGGCGUGGAUGAGAAGCUGGGGCCAGUGGCUGUGAGCAUCAAGCGGGAGAAGCUGGAGGACCACAAGGACCAUGGGCCUCAGUACCAGUACAGGAUCAUCUUCCGGACCCGCGAGCUCAUCACCCUGCGGGGCUCCAUCCUGGAGGACGCUACGCCCACAGCCACGAAGCAUGGGACCGGGCGCGGCCUGCCCCUGAAGGACGCCCUUGAGUACGUCAUCCCCGAGCUCAACAUCCACUGCCUGCGGCUGGCUCUCAACACUCCCAAGGUGACGGAGCAGCUGCUGAAGCUCGACGAGCAAGGGCUCUGCCGGAAACACAAAGUGGGCAUCCUGUACUGCAAGGCCGGCCAGAGCUCGGAGGAGGAGAUGUACAACAACGAGGAGGCCGGCCCUGCCUUCGAGGAGUUCCUCUCCCUCGUCGGGGAGAAGGUCUGCCUGAAGGGCUUCGCCAAGUAUGCUGCCCAGCUGGAUGUCAAGACUGACUCCACGGGAACCCACUCCCUGUACACGACGUACCAGGACUAUGAGAUCAUGUUCCAUGUCUCCACCCUGCUCCCUUAUACCCCCAACAAUAGGCAGCAGCUGCUAAGGAAGAGGCACAUCGGAAAUGACAUUGUGACGAUCAUCUUCCAGGAGCCGGGGGCGCUGCCUUUCACCCCCAAGAACAUCCGCUCACACUUUCAGCACGUUUUCAUCAUUGUCCGAGCCCACAACCCCUGCACUGAUAACGUCUGCUACAGUAUGGCUGUGACCCGAUCCAAAGACGCUCCUCCUUUCGGCCCCCCUAUCCCCAGUGGAACCACAUUCCGCAAAUCUGACGUCUUCAGAGACUUCUUGCUGGCCAAGGUGAUUAACGCGGAGAACGCUGCACACAAGUCGGACAAGUUCCACACCAUGGCCACCAGGACCCGCCAGGAGUACCUCAAGGACCUGGCUGAAAACUGUGUCUCCAACACACCCAUUGACUCCACAGGCAAAUUCAACCUCAUCUCCCUGACCUCCAAGAAGAAGGAGAAGACAAAAGCUCGGGCAGGCGCUGAGCAGCACAGUGCAGGGGCCAUCGCCUGGAGGGUGGCGGCUCAGGACUAUGGCCAGGGGGUGGAAAUUGACUGCAUUUUGGGAAUUUCCAACGAGUUUGUGGUGCUCCUGGACCUACGCACCAAGGAGGUGGUGUUCAACUGCUACUGCGGGGACGUCAUUGGCUGGACCCCAGACUCCUCGACGCUCAAAAUCUUCUAUGGGCGAGGGGACCACAUCUUCCUACGGGCCACAGAGGGCUCGGUGGAGGACAUAAGGGACAUCGUCCAGAGACUGAAGGUGAUGACCAACGGCUGGGAGACGGUGGACAUGACCCUGAGGCGGAACGGACUUGGGCAGCUGGGCUUCCACGUGAAGUACGACGGCACUGUGGCCGAGGUGGAGGACUAUGGGUUUGCCUGGCAGGCCGGCCUCCGACAAGGCAGCCGGUUGGUGGAAAUCUGCAAGGUGGCCGUGGUCACACUGACCCAUGACCAGAUGAUCGACCUGCUGCGCACCUCUGUCACGGUCAAGGUGGUCAUCAUCCCACCCUUCGACGACGGCACGCCCCGCAGGGGGUGGCCAGAGACCUAUGACAUGAAUACCUCGGAGCCCAAGCCUGAGCCGGAGAGCAUGGCCCCCGGAGGCCGGCCCCCCUACCGCAGCAAUGCGCCGUGGCAGUGGAGCGGGCCCGCCUCCCACAACUCUCUGCCAGCCUCCAAGUGGGCUGCUCCUGCCACCCCUGGCCACGCCCAGUCCCUGAGCCGGCCCCCAAAGCAGACCCCCAUGGUCCCCUUUCGGGAGUCCCAGCCCCUGCACAGCAAGAGGCCUGUCAGCUUCCCAGAAACCCCUUACACAGCAUCACCAGCAGGGGCCGACAAAGUCCCUCCCUACCGACAGCCUUCUGGGAGCUUCUCCACCCCGGGCUCCGCCACCUACACCAGAUACAAGCCAUCCCCGGAAAGGGUAUGCGCCGCCCCACACCCACUGCUGUCUUUUGAUCCCCACUUUGGCCACGAUGCGUCCAGCGGCGACUCUUCCUCAGGUGGCCUGACCAGCCAGGAGAGCACCAUGGAGCGCCAGAAGCCAGAGCCUUUGUGGCAUGUGCCCGCCCAGGCCCGGCUCUCAGCCCUGGCUGGAAGCAGCGGGAGCAAGCACGCCUCCAGGCAGGACGCAGCAGGCAAAGAUUCCCCCAACAGGCAUUCCAAAGGCGAGCCUCAGUACUCCAGUCACUCCAGCAGCAAUACCCUCUCCAGCAACGCAUCCAGCAGCCACAGUGACGACCGCUGGUUCGACCCUCUGGACCCUCUGGAACCAGAGCAAGACCCCCUCUCCAAGGGUGGCUCCAGUGACAGCGGCAUUGACACCACCCUCUACACCUCCAGCCCCAGCUGCAUGUCGCUGGCCAAAGCACCUCGGCCAGCCAAGCCACACAAGCCCCCAGGAACUAUUGGCCUUUGUGGGGGUGGGCGCGAGGCUGCUGGCCGGUCCCACCAUGCAGACAGGCGGCGGGAGGUCUCACCCGCCCCUGCGGUUUCUGGCCAGAGCAAGGGCUACCGACAGAAGCUGUACAACUCGGGCUCCAGCACCCCCACAGGGCUGGCCGGGGGCAGCCGUGACCCACCAAGGCAGCCCAGUGACAUGAACUCAAGGGCUGGCUACCCCGCUCAGGUUUACAAGACUGCCAGCACAGAGACUCCUCGGCCCUCACAGCUGGCCCAGUCCAGCCCUUUCCAGCUCUCCGCCUCCGUCCCCAAGUCCUUCUUCUCCAAGCAGCCCGUGCGCAAUAAGCACCCAACAGGGUGGAAGAGGACGGACGAGCCCCCACCACGGCCGCUCCCCUUCACUGACCCAAAGAAGCAGGUGGACACCAACACGAAAAAUGUCUUCGGGCAGCCACGGUUGAGGGCAUCCCUCCGUGACCUCCGCUCCCCACGGAAGAACUACAAGUCCACCAUCGAGGACGACCUGAAGAAGCUCAUCAUCAUGGACAACCUGGCGCCAGACCAGGAGAGAGAUGCAGGCCAGUCGCCACAGAAGAGUUUGCAGCGGACGCUGUCCGAUGAGAGUCUGUGCAGCGGGCGGCGGGAGCCCAGCUUUGCCAACCCCGCCAGCCUGGAGGCGGGCCUGCCCAGUGACGUGCUCUUCACCAGCACCUGCGCCUUCCCCUCCAGCACGCUGCCCGCCCGCCGCCAACACCAGCACCCCCACCCGCCCGGCGGCGGCCCCAGCACCAUCCCUGCCACUGGCAACGGUUUCCCAGAGAAGAAAUCCAACAUGUCGGCUUCGGAGCUCUCGCUGGCUGAGGGGCGGGAUCGGCCACUGCGGCGCCUGGAUCCCGGGAUGAUGCCACUGCCCGACACGGCCGCUGGUCUCGAGUGGUCCAGCCUGGUCAACGCGGCCAAGGCCUACGAAGUGCAAAGAGCUGUCUCGCUCUUCUCUCUCAACGACCCAGCUCUCAGCCCGGACAUGCCACCUGCACACAGUCCUGUCCACAGCCACCUGAGCCUGGAGAGGGGGCCCCCGACCCCCAGGACCACCCCGACCAUGAGCGAAGAGCUGCCCCUGGAUCUGACCGGCAAGGUGUACCAGCUAGAAGUGAUGCUAAAGCAGCUGCACACAGACCUGCAGAAGGAGAAGCAGGACAAGGCGGUGCUGCAGUCAGAGGUGGCCAGCCUGCGGCAGAACAACCAGCGGCUGCAGGAGGAGUCGCAGGCCGCCAGCGAGCAGCUGCGCAAGUUUGCUGAGAUCUUCUGCAGGGAGAAGAAGGAACUCUGAGGUGGGGAGGCCAUCGCCCAACCCCUCCACCCAGCGGCUGGGGGCUCCUGCUCUCUUGUGUCCCUUAGUUUGGCUCCUGGUUGUAGGUGUGACCAAGAUAAUCCAGCCAGGGCCCCACUGCGUUCCCCAUAGACACAGAAACUUGAGGGAGGCCUCCCCAGGGCUGUGAGUCGUGGUCCUCAAGCCCCAGUGGGCGGCAUGGUCUCAGGCCUCCCUCUGGACUGCUCAUCUCUGGUCCCUGGGGGCUGGGCCCUGCCCACACUGGCCCCAGGGGCCCAUCCUGCAGGCCCCAUCUAGUCUCUUCCUAGGACCAAGCCAUCAGAAGCUGUAGGAAGGGAAGAGGGAGGGCAGGAGUGCGUCUCCAAACCCCACAGCUCCAGGAGUUCACAAACCAGGCUUCACAACAGAGCUGGGGCUUGUGGGGCCCCGUGCAUAACAUAUCACAGUGGGAAACCAGUCCACUCUCCCCCAUGCCCCAGAGAGGUCAGGGCCCGUGUGGAAACAGGCCAGGACUCUCUCAGUCCUUGGUGCACGAGCGCCAGGCGGCAUGGACAUCAUCCCCUCCCAACCCCCAUCCUUCCAAAAAGCAGCCAGGAGCACUUUCUUAGAUCUUCACUUAUUUUCUUGGGGGUCCCGAGAUGGAGAAGGGAAACCCCAGCAUCCAGAGUCACCUGCUUUGAGGGGGAAAUUUUUGCACACCGUUUAUACAGUCUUUUUCUAUUAGCCCUCGUCCACCGGAGGCCACGGUGCCUGGGCCCCUCCUCCCUCCAGCUCCUGCCCUGCCAGGCCUGGCAGCACAACUGCCGCAGCCACGGCCUCUUCCAGGCACCAGGAGGGACUCCACGGAGCCCCCCAGGUCAAGGCUGGAGAGAAACAGCCUUCAUCUCCUCUGCUUUUGUUUUCCCUUUGCAAGUCCCUGGGCCCAUCAUGCAGCCCCCACAGCGGGGGGCGGGUGGGUGACACCCCCACUGUUCCCCUGGAGCUUUUGCUGUGUGAACCCCCAUGAGAUGCUGGUUCUCUAAAGGCAAUAAGGGGCAGCUUGCCAGGCAGCCGAGCCCGUGUGGUACUAUGCUGUGCACCCAGGAAACAGUUUCUUUUUUUCCUUUAAAAACAAAAAUAUAUAUAUACAUAUAUAUAUAUAUAUAUUUAUUUUUUCAUGUAGAGUUGCGCCAGAACAAGUCUGUAUGGCCACAAUCUGUGGAUUCCCCCAACCUCAAGCUGAGGAUCAGACAUGGCCUCCCCCACCCCAGGGCUGGCGCCUAGCGGGACUCAGAGGGACAAAGUCAGGGUGGGCAGGCUAGCGCCCUCCC